UAUUGGAAUGUGAUGAUGUGUGUGUAAUGAUGCAGAAAAGGAGAAGAGAAUAACAAAUUGAGAAAGGAAGUGAUUUGUGUUCUGAACAUGUUGUUAUGACUGUGUGUGUUUGUUUGUGGGGGUGUGUGUGUAUGUUGCAGUGAUUGUGUGUAAGAAGACCUUAAUGAAAUGAGCACUCAUAAGCCCCUUGGGGGUCUACUUGUUUCAUUACAGACCAAUCAACCAAUCGGUGAGUGCGCUGUCCCGCCAUGUCGAGUGAAGCUCAGCCGGCAAUCAGCCAAUCAGCAUUGGGCUCCUCCAUCAGCCUACGUCGCUCUGCCUGGGAGAAGAAAGAGCUAGAGAAGAAGGAGGAUGAGCGGGCACUUGUUACCUCGUCUCACAGUCAGGCAGAGCUUCGGCAGGAGGAAGAGGCUCAUCUUGGUCCCGCUCACACCAAUCUUCACGUUGAUCCUCCUCACGCUAUGCCUACCGACAACAACCACCACCAUGCUGCCUCCUACCACCAUCCCCCUAACAGGCCGAGCAGUAGCACGUCAACACGAAGUGCCCAGUCCAGAAAGUCGGCGUGGGAUGAGCCGCCGCGGGACAAGCGGGUCGCCCCGGUCGUCCCGCAGAAGAAAACGACAGAAGUCGGGCAACACGGGGACGUUCGGGUGCGCUCGGUAGAACUCCAGGAGGUGAACGGGAGGCCGCGGGACGGGGAGCCCGAUUUAAUGUUGGACAUCACCUGCAUGGAAUCAAUUAAAGGAUUUACCAAAGUCUUCAAAUCGAAAAAGUUUAAAUCUCCUCAAUUAGAGGACCUUUAUCAACGCUAUUUCUUCAGCCUGAACAAGAGCAGUUUAUCGAGCUUGCUUGGUCUUAUCGCUCUAACUGUUAUCGUCAUUUUAGGGUUUCACUACGGGGCCGGUCUGACGUCGUGGAUUAAAGGCGCUUUUCUAGGACUUUUUGAAAUUGUGUUUAUCGUGCUAGGAGUCUUGUGCAAUCGGAAUUCUUUCACCCCAAGACAAUUACGCUUUGUGUGCUAUGUGGUAUUGGCGCUUCUAGGAGCAAUUGUAAUCAUCGAUGUCCUCGACACCGAGCCCAGGUCGGCGACCGCGGGGGUCUGGACCACCGUCUUUAUCAUCUAUUUGAUCUAUACGCUUCUGCCGGUGCGGAUGCGGCUCGCUGUAAUGUUUGGAUUGGUUUAUUCUAUACUACAUGUGGCAUGCGCAGUUGGAAGAAACUCUCAAGACAGUUUUCUUUGGAAGCAGGUGUUAGCCAAUCUGUUCAUCUUCCUUGGUGCUAACUUAGCCGGUAUCUUCACCCACUACCCCACUGAGGUAGCCCAAAGACAAGCCUUUCUCGAGACCAGACGAUGCAUCGAGGCUCGGCUCAUCACUCAGCGGGAAAACCAACAACAGGAACGUCUGCUGUUAUCGGUUUUACCACGGCAUGUUGCCAUGGAGAUGAAAGCAGACAUAGCGAAUAAGAGAGAGGAUAUUCAAUUCCACAAGAUUUACAUUCAGAGACAUCAAGAUGUCAGUAUACUGUUUGCGGACAUUGAAGGCUUCACAAAGCUAUCCUCAACCUGUACAGCUCAAGAGCUCGUCAAACUCCUCAACGAACUCUUUGCUAGAUUUGACAGAUUAGCACAGGAAAAUCAUUGUUUGAGAAUCAAGAUCCUGGGUGACUGUUACUACUGCGUUUCAGGGUUACCUGACCCAAGGCCUGACCAUGGACACUGCUGUGUAGAGAUGGGAUUGGACAUGAUAGAAGCGAUAUCGUUGGUGCGUGAGGUGACCAAUGUUGACGUCAACAUGAGAGUUGGUAUCCACACAGGGAAGGUGCACUGUGGAGUCCUGGGUAUGAGGAAGUGGCAGUUCGAUGUCUGGUCCAAUGACGUCACGCUGGCUAACAUCAUGGAGGCAGGGGGUAUGCCAGGGCGUGUUCAUAUCACCAAAGCAACAUUGAAGUUCUUGAAUGGCGACUAUGAGGUAGAAGCUGGCAAUGGUCAGGAUAGGAACACAUAUCUGCGGGAUCAUAACAUUGACUCUUAUCUCAUAGUACCCAAAAAUACCAGACCGAGUGUGCUCAAGUCACCGAUCACCACCAACGGAGAACACAGAGGGCGGUCUUCAUCAGUGGUACAGCUCCAGAGCUGGGGAGCGGAGAAGCCUUUCUCAUCCAUCAUGCCAGGCAAGGAAUCCAAGGAGAUGAGAAGACUGGGUUACUCUGAGAAGACGGGCAAGUCCGGAAUGAACAAAAACAUUGAAAAUAGGUUGGGUCUUGAUAAGAACCAAGAGAAGACUGAUCCUGAGGAAGAGGUCAAUGAAUUCUUGGGCCGCGCCAUCGAUGCGAGGAGUAUCGACAGACUGAGAUCAGAACAUGUCCGCAGACUCACACUUACUUUCCUUAAAAAAGACCUGGAAGAAAAGUAUUCCAAGGUUCGUGACCCCAUGUUCAGCUCUUACAUGGUGUGUGCACUUCUCAUCCUCAUCGCCAUAUGCCUUGCACAGGUCGUUGCCUUCCCUAAGACAUACAUCAUGUUGGGUGUGUUUGUUGGUCUGAUCGUCUUCUCAUGUUUCACUCUAUACAUAGUCCUUGCUGAGAAGUGUACGUCCAAUCCAAGUGGUUGCCAGUCAAUCUCCAAGCACAUUUUGGAGAGCAGAAUACUCAGUUCAGUCCUAGCUGUAUGGACACUCUUUCUUAUGUUUGCUGCUUCCUUUACUAUAAUGUUCGCUUAUGACACGACGUCCGUCGAUGAGUGUGUCAACAUCACUGAUGUCAUUGAUUCCAAUAUCGUGCUAGGCGAAGAAAAUCAUCCUGAUUGCUGGCCAGAUGGACCUACCUGUCAUUUCCCUAUGUAUUUUACUUUCAGCAUUUUGCUUGUCAUGCUGAGUUGCGCCGUGUUCCAGCAACUUGGCAGUUUGACAAAACUUGUGUUUCUCCUUCUCAUCGGUGCAAUAUACCUGGCCCUUAUGGAGACUAUUCAAGUUAAUCUACUCACCAACUAUGAUACACUGCAGCAAGCAUAUGUAGAAAUGUUGGAGCCUAAUUACAUCUCGCUGACCAUCGUCACGCCCAUCAUCUUGGUUGUCUAUAUCGUCGCUCUUUGGAUCCAUGGGAGACAGGUGGAAUCAACAGCAAGACUUGAUUUCUUGUGGAAACUACAGGCAACGGAAGAGAAGGAUGAGAUGGCCAACCUCCAGGCCUACAACAAGCGUCUUCUCAACAACAUCCUCCCUUCCUUCGUGGCCGAGCACUUCCUCAAGAAUUCCGCCCGGGACAUGGACCUCUAUCAUCGAGACAACGACUUUGUUGCCGUCAUGUUUGCGUCCAUCUCCAACUUCUCUGAGUUCUACGUAGAGCUGGAGGCGAACAAUGAGGGAGUUGAGUGCUUAAGGCUCCUCAAUGAAAUUAUUCAUGACUUUGAUGAGAUCAUUGGCAAAAAUGACUUUGUCCAGAUAGAGAAGAUCAAGACAAUUGGAUACACCUACAUGGCGGCUUCAGGGUUAACAGAAGAAACCUUUGACAAGGAUGGGAACAGUCACGUCAGUGCCCUAGCUGACUUUGCUUUCUCCCUCAUGAAACAAUUGAAAUGCGUCAAUGAACACUCCUUCAAUAACUUCAAGAUGAGGAUUGGUCUCAACGUCGGUCCAGUUGUGUCGGGCGUGAUUGGUGCCCGCAAGCCUCAAUACGACAUCUGGGGUAACACGGUCAACGUGGCCAGCCGGAUGGACAGCACCGGCAUCCCAGAGAAGAUCCAGGUGACACAGGACAUGCGAAACAUCCUCCUCCCGAUGGGAUACAGGCUCACUGAGAGGGGCAUCGUUAAGGUCAAGGGAAAAGGGGAGAUGCUGACGUACUUUCUGAUCGGUCAACCGGGAGAUUCAUAGAACGGGCUGGUCGUGAAGUUGUGAAGGCUUUUCAAGGAAAAGAGAGAGAGACUCAUGCUGUGAACCUGCGAUGUGAUCUUCUGGAGAUUUUAUUUUAAAGAAUCAGGAGAUUCAUAAAAUAGGAGAUUCAUAGAAUUUGUUGGUCAUGAACCUGUGACGGCUUUUCAAUGAAAAGAGAGAAAAUCAUACAACAGAUCGGUAGUGACUUGGGAUGCGAUCGUCUAGAGGUUUUUUAAAAGAGAAAGGGAAAGACUCAUAGAACUAUUGGUAAUGAGGUCUAAUGUGAUCGUUGAAAGGCUUUCCAAAAAAAAUGGAGGGUAGCUUUGGAUUAGCCAACAUCAAAGAACCCCUGGAGCAGAUUUAUAGUGCCCUUUUAAAUGAUCUUCUAAAUGCUUUUCAAGAGAAAGGGAGAGAUACUGCCAUAUUAGUUAGGUUCUUCAUCAAUUCUUUGUAUCCUCUAGUACCGUAUGACAGCUUGUGUGCUAACAAAACGUGGUAUUUUGAACUUCUAACGUGCAAGAGAAGCCUAACUUUUCGUAAUGUCAAGGUUACUACCCUGUGCUACAGUAGUGUGGUUAUGUGCAAAUAUUUAUGAGAAAAACACUUUCUUUUAACAGAACUGCAUCAAUUAUCAGAGAGUUAGGAAGAAAAACCUUGAUAUCGGACUUAACAAUGUAUUUGUAUUCUUCAUGACAAAGAAAAUUUUCUUACAGGAAAUGCUAACCAGUACAAGAAAUUUUGUAUUCAUUCUAGUAAAGGGAAAAUCACCCGCUUUUAACAAGACAUGCAUCCAUUGUCAGACGGGGCCUGACUGGUUGUCAUUAUAAAAUGAUGUACUACGUGCCAGUACGUUGAAACAAAGUGUUCAGAUUUGUUGUAAACAGCCAUUUCAAAUCUAAAUCUUGUGCAAAAAUCAAAUUUGAAAUGAUUUGUAAUGAAAGUCUCCAACCAAAUUCUGGGCUUCUGAGAAGUAGUAUAUUGUAUCUAUUUUUGUAGUACAGAUGAUGUCAUUAUGCAAGAAAGUGUGCUUAAUGUAGCUAUUUCAUUAGAGUGCAAAACAUAUUUAUCAAGUUAUUCAGGGGAAUUUUAUUUUGUGCGAGUGGAUAAGAUGUAUAUAGUGAAAUCUGGUUUUUAAGGAGAUUCUAAAUUGAUACUUGCUUUUCAUGGCUUUGUUCUGUUCUAAUCCGAUGCAUGUGUAUUUUCUUAUUCUUCAUUUUGUUUUUGCUAUUUUUCCAUCGUCUGUUUGGAGCUUAUAGGGCGUUAACUCACAUACUGUGACACAGAAUUAACGCCCUUCUGGCUCUCAACAGACGCUAAUGCAAUCACGUGAAUACAAAGACUUUUGAAAUAUUAUUCUAGGGCAAUUUCUGUAGCCUUGUCCAUCUAUUGAAAUGUGCGAAUAUUUUAGUGAUGCAUUACGCAAUCCCAACAUGAUUUCUUCAGAGUACCGACUGCUUAUGUCGUAUUUGUUCGCCGUCCUGGUUACAGGCUCUAAAUAACAGAGCAUGUGCAUGAGGUUCACCACAAAAUCAUUCAAGCAACGGGCUGGAGAAGAGAGAAUUAGUGUUUUUGGGGUAGUGUGAUCACCCCGCAAUUGUUGAGCAAAACAAUCUUUUAAAACAACAACUUUAACAACUUGGCCAGUGUGACAUCACACUUCGGUACUCUAUGGGAUUUACAAAACUGACCUGUAGGUUUGUUGAAAUUGCCCUUUUAAUAAUUUCUCCUCUAAGUUUUUGUGAUCGUGUUGUAGUAUCAUUGUUAACAUAAAUUGGAUGAAUUUAGGAGCAAGAAAUUCAUUUUUAUUAUGAAUGGAUGGUUUUGCAUUAUUCCUGUGGAUUGCAAAGCAAAAUCAUGUCAAAAUACUUUCCUAGUUGUGUUUAUAUACACCCUGUUUUGUGCCUGUGUAAAUGUAGAUGUGUAACUAUGUACUGUUUUUUUUUUAAAGAAUAUUUUGAAUCGCAUUCAUAGGUGCAUGUAAAUACAAUAUAUAUGGUGUAAAUGGUGUACAUAUAUGUAUGUAUAUAACAAGUAAUGUUUAAAAAUGUGUAAAUAAUCAAAUAAAAGAAAAUAAUCAGCAACAAAUGCUUCUUAUACUGAUUUUGAAGAUUUAACUGUAAAUAACAAAUUGUCCAUUACUCCUUGAAACAAAGCCAUGUACAAAUCAUAUACAAUAUUUGGACUUGUAUUUAUUACCACAGAGUACUUACAUUUAAGUUGUUCAGGAUAUUUAUAUAGAAAGAGAUGACGUGUAUAUAUUUUGGAUUAUUUUGAAUGUACAUUUACAGAUUUGUUAUACUAUUCAUCGGGAGAUGGCAGUCCCUGCUUUUUAAAAUCAUAUUUCAAUUUUUAUUUAUUUUUGAUUUUUUGAUUUGAUUGGAACUAUAACAUAUUAAAAAAAACAUCUGCAGGGUAGGGUAAAAACGAUAUAGUCAUUCUGUUUUUUAAUUUUUUAUUUGUUUCGUUCAUUGUCAAAACUUGUUCAUGGCCAAAAGGGCAUUAACUCUGUGUUACAGUAUAUGAGGGUAAUGCCCAAACAACUGCAAGAUCAUUUUCUGAGAAAGAGGAUUUAAUUUGAGAUUAUAAAGUCUAAUAUGUAUACAAUUUGUUGAUCUAGUACCACUCCUAUCUAUUCAUUUUCAGUCAAAACAUUAACUUUUGAAAAGAAAUAGGGUUAAUAGGAUUAAAUUCACUAUAUCGCAAAGAAAGGACAUUAGAUUAGAUAUUGCUCGCACUCGAGCAUUGCAGAUAUAAAUGUUUAUUUUCUUAUGAAUGCUCAAAUGGAAUGGGUCCCUUCAGGAUCUCAACAUAUUGUUUGUUUGUUCAUUGUUGUUUUAUUCUAUAAAGAUAUGGAAGUAAGAACUCAAGAAGAGAAAUAAGUUUUCAGUCAUCUCAUCAGAAUCAUAAUGCUAUGUUUAAUCUGUAUUUUUCCCAGGACAGAUGCUUGAAUCGUAGUGCAAUAGAACUUAUGUGUGUGGGUGUGGAUGUGUAUGUGUGUGCCAUGUUUGUUGUCAAAAUACAAAAGGUUUUGUCUUUAUACUAGACUUGUAUAUAUGUAACAAAUCGAAUGAGUAUAUAUUAAAGAUCAUGUGUGCUAUGUGAUUAUACAAAUCUCUGAUGCCAUUUGAGAGAGAUGUAAUAAAGUUAGCAAUCAUACAA